AUGCAGGGAUUGGUCAAAGUUCCUGUGACCAUCCGCUUCAGCAACACCAAGCCGGCCAUAUUUACGCAAGAAGGCUUAGAACAAUCAACAGCUAAUAUUGAAGAAGCAGGAUGGGUGGCGAGUGUUGAGGAUGUUGAGCCUUCCCGAAUGAAUCUGAAAAUCACGUGUAACCCAAUAAACUGCACUGAUUUCUACUUCGACGAGAAGUGGCAAUACACGGCUGAUUUAUUUUUGAAAAUAAACACGAAAGACACAGGACUACAGUUCACUAAUCAAAAGUUUAAUAAGAAUGAGAGGAGUAUAACAUUCAAUCUGAACAUUAAUGAAAUAGCUCAUUUAAUUCCAAAGCCAUCUGUCACAAUGGGGGUAGUGAUCAUCGUUAAGAAUCUGGAAGGAUUGAGACGACAGAGAAAGUUAGAUUUCUUGAAUAGAAAUUCUGUUCCUUUUUGUGAUAUGCAGAUGCUUUUCCCUGAUGGCACAGUUGCUUUCUUGCACCGAGCGAUAGCUGGGUUCAACAGCCCAGUCUUAUUGAACGCUAGUGAAGUAUACAGAGAACCCAGGUUUAACUAUUCUCAUGAAAUGGAAAAUGUGUUAACAUACUGGUAUGAUCAGGAUUUUAAGAUUAAUCGAGCAAAUGUUAAGAAAAUGUUUGAGAUUGCCGACUUUUUCGGUGAUGUCAAAUUAAUAGAGGAUUGCAAGGAUUACUUAACAAAAGACAGAGAAUGUUCUAUCACAUUCCUGCUCACCGUUGCAAGUUCGAGUGGAAAUCUACCAUUCUUCUGUGAUAUUGUGGAAGAAAUAAGCUCGCGUAGUUCUUUUAAAGAAGAAGCCAAGCAGUUCAUGAAAACUGAAAGCUACCUGGAAAUGUCAGAGGGCAUGAAAUUAUAUUUGAUGGAAGAAAUUGUGAACGCGACAUAA